AUGUCGGACAUCAAGCCAGACACCUACGACACUACAAUGCCCGCCGAUGAGAAAUCGUUGAAAGUCUUGAACGCCAAUGUCCACGGCCAGAACAUGUUUUGCGGGUACGAUGCCAUGGGGCGAGAAGUAUUAUCGGAUCGGCCAGACGCCAGUCACGCCCAAAGCAGAACAAAUGCAGAUUUAGCAAAUGUCCUUGUCGCUCCAGGCCCAGCCACUUUUGGCAAAUGGAAGCAUCAAGCCCCUUCUGGCGACCGUGAAGAUUUGAGGCAGUGGACUGGACGGGGUGCUGAAAUGUCCUGA